AUGGUAUUCUAUGGCCAGACAAUCGAUGGGAUCCCAGAUAGGGGCCACUCACUUUUCGUUACCGCACUGGUGAUGCUGCUGAUUGCAGCCCUCUUCGUCGCUAUUCGGUUGGCAACGAGGUAUUAUAUGAAGAAGUUUGGCUGGGAUGACUUCUUUCUUGUCAUUGCUCUAGUGGCAUCGACCAUGACAACGGUUGCUAUCAAUCUAGCGGUGGUGAAUGGAUAUGGCAGACACAAGGCGGAGAUGGGAGAAAAUGCACAAUUAGCUUUCAAGUGGUUUUUUGUUGCCCAAAUCCCCUACAAAAUUGCUCUUGGCUGUACGAAAGCCUCGAUAUUGCUUCUGUAUAUUCGAAUCUUCAUCACCAAAAAUUUUCAACUUCUGGCAAAGGUGUGUCUGGGUGUCGUUGGCGCUUGGACAGUCGCAUCAGUCCUCGUCACAGCUUUUCAGUGUACCCCAGUCGAGGCUUCUUGGAACAAAACGAUCAAAGACAAACGAUGCAUCCAUAAGAAUGCCUGGUGGUAUUCAUUUGCCUCGAUCAGCACUUUUACCGACAUCGUGAUCGCCAUUCUCCCUAUCAAUCCGGUUCGGCAGUUGAAGCUGUCGAAGCGCAACCGCAUUGGGUUGUAUUUUGUUUUCGCAGUUGGAGGGUUGUAUGUUUUCACCUCACUUGAUUUGCCCCUUGAACUGACCAAAAUCUAA